GGAUCCGCCACGCUGUGCUCUGCCAAGCUCGUUCUGUCGAGAUUUUCACCUGGCCUGAUAAAUUGGAACUCAAUCCUGCAGUCUUUACUUCAGAACACCUGACGAGCCUGCUUUUAUACUCAGUUGUUGUGACCAACGGUUUCUUUAAGCAACUCCAAAAUGGGUGCAAGGCAAUGGAACGCCUCAUCUUACAGGAAUGCCCCCAUUAAUGACAUUGAGAUUGCCUCCCAGACACUCAAGUUCUUGUCCAUUGGGCAUGAUUGUUCGUUUCAGCCUAGGCCUAAUGAUCCGGCACAUCCACCAUCUUUCUCUCUUCCAAACCUCAUUUUGGCUUCUUUGAUAUUUUGGCUUAUAGUGAUUAUGGCAGAAUACCUUUAGUGAAGAACAUGGAAUCACUACAGACAGCUUACAUUGAUCUGCUUAAGCACAAUGAUCUACCGGUUGAUGAUAUCCGUCAAUUUCUCUUGGGCGUUUCUGGUGUCACAAAAUUGGAGUUCUGUUUUGGUUUUGGACAAGAAGAGCUGAUGAUGGGAAUGGAUUUGCAAUGGUGCCCGAAAUUCAACAAUCUGAAGUUCCUGAGUCUCGACAACUGGUAUCUGGAUGCAAAUUUCUAUGGACUGAUAGCCUUCCUUCAGAACUCACCUAAUCUGGAGCAUCUAACUCUGAAUCUCAAACUGAAACAGCAUGCUAAAGUACCUGGAGCACUCAUGGGCUGGGCUGGAAAUAGACCGUUUACAUGCGAGCACCUUAAGACUGUUGAGAUCAUUUGCUUUGAGGAUGAUCCUGCAACCAAUAGCCUGAUGCAGUUUUUGGUUCGGUGUGGCAUAUCUGGUGGUCAGAUUCAUAUCAAGCACUAGAAUCAACUCUGGUCAUGUUUGUGCCAACCAGUGGAUCGUUCGUUAGUUUAUUCAUGGAUGCAAGAACAUAUGCUUGCCUAGCUGGGGUCAGAUUUCGUAGAAUGGUUUUAAGUUUGGGUGGAUGGAUGCAUGCUCUGUCGAAACAGGAUCAUGUUAGCGGCAUUACUUGCCAUGAGUUGGAGGAACCAGAUCGCUUUCUUGCUGUGAAAGUUUUUAUAGAUGUAUGACCAUGCCUAUGCCAUAGUUCAAAUGUUUGGAAAACCUUUUUAUUUGGUGAUGAACCCCUUUGUAGCUCCGGCGCCGUAAACUGAAUAUACAUGCACAGUGAUGUAUGUGAGUAUGUCUAUGGUAUGGAAUAUGGAUGCUCCGGU